AUGGAUGAUGCUGGAUGGUCUGGACCUUUAGAGUCAGGACAAGAUGCUGGCUUGGAGCAGUUUAGUGACUGGUUACAUGUCUCCAUGGAUGAACACGUUGGUGAUUCUUUUUCAAGUGAUUUGCCCCUCAGUUCUCACAUGUACAAUGAAGCUUCACAGAUCGGACAUGAGUCACCUGAUGUGAUCUGGUCAGUGGACAACGGCGGAACUCUUGAGAAAGAGCAGGCUGCGUCUGAGUGCCCAAGCCCUAGUUUGGCGCGUGACUCGGAGGUUGCUGCAGUUGCGACACAGCUUGGACCUCAGCCGACUGUUGGACAUGGACAGUGGCAGCUUGGAGUAGCUGCAAAUCACUCACAGUUUGCACAGCGGCCUUCAAAUCUUUUGCUGCCUUGGGAGACUGGAGUUUUUGCUGAAAUUUUUGGGCAUUCAAAUUUAUUGGAGCUUCCUUUGAAUCAACUGCCUGAACCUGAUAGUGGUUUGAUGGAACAAGUGAUCGCGGCAGCUGAGACGCUUGAAGGUGCUAGAACUCAGACUUUAGAUUCAUGUUAUGACAAGGUGGUCAAACAUGUACAGGAUUUGGAAUAUUUCGAAAACAAAAACCGGCUGUUGGAACUUGCUUGCGGUCAAUGGUUGGAGUUGUUGUCAUGCAGCUGGUAUGCAACCGGAGUUGGAGAGAUCUUGGCAAGGGAUAUGCAAAAAGAUGCAUCCGGAGCCUGCGCCUACGAGACUUUAAAGGCAAGUUUCGGAAUCGAGAGUCCACAGACUCUAUUGAAGAGGGCCUCGAGCUUACGGAGGUAUUUCAAGUGGCAUGCAGAGCUGCGCAGUGAUGCACAACAAGUUCUUGUGAGUCCCCUGCCAUUUUCAGAAACAGAUGUUUGGGCUUUCUUUCAUUGGCUGCGUGAUUUGAGACGUGAAAACGAACGUGGUUUUACAAAUGCCUCUGCCUUUUUGGAAACAGUGAGAUUCAUGAAGUUUACCCUGGAGUUGAGAGAGUCUGAUGUGGUGCUGCACUCAAGAAGGCUUUUGGGAUUUGCUGCAAUUGAGAAACUGCAGAAGGGUCCGACUCGACAAGCUGCACCACUUGAAUUGUGCAACUUGCAACGCCUUCAUGAGAUUUUGGAGGGCUCUGGAUGCCUUACUGACAGGAGAGAACAGUACCUUCCUUUGGUGGUGCCAUGGAUGGGUGUGACGCAUGAUGAAUGGGUCAAAACUUUCAUGGAUGUGUACAGGAUGGCAGGUCUGGAUCUGUUUCGUGUGCCAUUGGGUCCACUGCUGCCGGCGCCGCGCCUGGGAGGAUCUUUUGGUGCUAGGCCUCUGACGACGCAGGAGGCUGCCGAAUGGUUGCGAUUGCUCCUGAGGGGCACAGAUGGAUGUGAAAGCUUCAAGGCACAUUCAAUGAAAACUACAUUGCUGGUCUGGGCAGCAAAGGCAGGGCUGGACAAGGAGGUGCGUGCCGUUUUGGGCCACCAUGCAUCUGCACUCCAAGGGUCGGAGGUGGUCUAUAGCAGGUACUUGCAGACACGAGCAUUGAGAAAACUGAGCAUGAUGCUUCAUCGUGUUCGGAUUGGUUUGGGCCUGGAUGAUGAGGCAACGGCACCAAACCCAUAUGCCACGCCAUAUGCUCGUACUCCAAAACCUGGAGUAGUCGGACAACAGCCGAUGACUCCUUUCCCUCCUGUGCCUGUUUUGGAGGCGCCAAGGGAUGUUGUUGAGACAGCCAUGGAGGAAGUGAAUGUCGCAGGUGACAUGGACAGCAUCAAGGAAGAGCAGCUUGAUGAGGCUCAGAUUUGUGCAGCUGCUUCAAGCAUCUCACUUUUUGACCUCGGGGUUGUGGACACUGGUGUCAUUGAACUGGACAGCUCGUCUGGCAGCGAGAGCGGAAGUGACACCACUACGUCCUCAAGCGAUGAGGCCAAUGUGAAGCAGCCUGAUGCCCAUGCAUACGUUGACAGGGUGCCAGAGGGCCAGCAGUUUUACAAGCACCGAAAGAGUGCGAUUAUGCACCGAGUCAAAGAUGGCCAGAAGGUUGCCGCGUGUGGCGCUCAGCUCACUGCGAAUUUUCAGUUGAUGCCAAGAGAGAUCAAAGUGCGCUGGCCGAAGUGUUUGAAAUGUUUUCCAAAGGACUCAAAUAGAAUCAGAACAAUUUCUCAGCUCACCGGAGCGAUUGACAAUGCAUUGGGCAGAGCCAAGCGACAGGCCGCCUGA